UAGUGCGUAUGCCGGGGACGCGCAGGAUUUGCGAUCGUCGUUCGGGACUGGCAGAGUUGAGCGGGACGGGGUCCGCCAUGGCAACUGCAGUUGUGAUUGCUCUUGUCGGUCGCUUACUGCUCUUGGUGGCGGUGCCCGUGGGGGCCACCUACGUCGAGGCAUUGGCAGCCAAUACUGCAGCUGGAUUUGCAGUAGCAGAACCACAGAUUGCAAUGUUCUGUGGGAAGCUCAAUAUGCAUGUCAAUAUUCACAGUGGGAAAUGGGAACCUGAUCCUUCAGGAACCAAAAGUUGUUUGGGGAACAAGGAAGAGAUUCAGCAAUAUUGUCAGGAGGUUUAUCCUGAGCUUCAAAUUACAAAUGCGAUGGAGGCAAAUCAACCAAUCAGCAUUGAGAACUGGUGUAAAAAAGGAAAGAAAAAAUGCCGUGGUCAUACUCAUGUGGUAGUUCCUGUUAAGUGCCUGGUAGGUGAGUUUGUGAGCGAUGUGCUACUUGUUCCAGAAAAAUGCCGGUUCUUCCACAAAGAGCAAAUGGAUAAGUGUCAGAGUCACCAGUCCUGGCAGACGGUUGCUAAAGCGGCAUGUGCUGCUGAGUCGAUGAUUCUGCAUACCUAUGGAAUGUUGCUUCCAUGUGGCACCGACAGGUUCCAUGGCACCAAGUAUGUUUGCUGUCCCCAAAAUAAAAUUGAUGAUGUGGAUUCUGAAGACUCUGAUUUUGAAAAUGUGGAUGAGAAAGAAGAAGAGAUUGGUGAAUCAAGCAGAGAGGAGUCAGCUGAAGUAGAAGGAAAUCCUGUUGUGGAGGAGAAGGACAAUGAUGAACAGGAUUAUGACUACGAUGAAGAGGAUGAAUAUAAUGAUGAUUGGGAGGAGGCAAUCAGUGAGGAGAACUUGUACAAAGAGAAUAUUGUCAAUAAUGAAAAAGUUCUUUCAACACCUCACCCAACAGAUGAUGCAGAUGUUUAUUUUGAGACACCUGCAGAUGCAAAUGAACACACACGUUUCGCAAAGGCUAAACAGCAAUUGGAGGUCCGACACCGUGAUCGUAUGGAUAAGGUUAGAGAACAGUGGGAAGAAGCAGAGCGGAAAGCAAGGAAUCUGCCAAAGGCUCAGAGACAGAUGUUGGUUCAGCAUUUCCAGAACAUGGUUGCAGCUGUGGAGGAAGAAGCAGCCACCGAGAAGCUACAGUUGGUUGAAACUCAUCUUGCUCGUGUUGAGGCUCUGCUGAAUGAUCGUAGACGUAUUGCUUUAGAGAAUUAUCUAUCUGCACUGCAGACAGAUCCACCACGACCUCACCGCAUCCUGCAGGCCCUGAAACGUUAUGUGCGUGCAGAGCAAAAGGAUCGGCAGCAUACUCUUCGUCAUUACCAGCAUGUGAUGGCUGUGGACCCCGAGAAAGCAGCACAAAUGAAAUCCCAAGUGGUGACCCAUCUCCAUGUUAUCGAAGAGAGGAUGAACCAGAGCCUCUCCCUCCUUUACCAGAUGCCAUUUGUGGCUGAGGAAAUCCAAGAUGAAAUAGAAGAGCUUCUGCAGGAGCAACACUUUGGUAUGGAUUUUGCUUCCAGUUCUGAAAUCCAGUCUGCUUUUGAAUCUGUUGAGGCACCAUUUGUUGAAGGCAAACCAUUUCGGCCUGUUCAGGUUAAGACUCUGCCAGCUAUUACUGUCACAGAAGACACAGUGCCGGACUCAUUGCCAGGAACUAAAAAAGGUUCUGGAAUGAUUGACCCUGAUGGCCUGGCACCUGAUGAAAAUGCAGUUGGCAACAAUAAGAACAUCAUUAAUGAGAAUGUGGUGUUCGAUGAGAGAUUUGAUGUGAAAGAAAUGAUUUUCAAUGCAGAACGAGUCAGUGGAGGAGAAAAUGACAUGGACACUGGGGCCACGCGUGGCAACUUCAGUUUAAGUGGCAGUGCUCUGAUUGGCCUUUUAGUGAUUGCAGUUGCCGUAGCCAUGAUAGUUGUCAUCAGUUUAGUGAUGUUACGCAAGAAACAGUAUGGCACCAUCAGUCAUGGCAUUGUAGAGGUUGAUCCCAUGUUGACCCCAGAAGAACGUCACUUGAACAAGAUGCAAAACCAUGGGUAUGAAAACCCAACCUACAAGUAUCUGGAGCAGAUGCAGAUCUAAUGCUAGAUGCUAAAUUGAGCCAAACAUAGCACACUCAGCCAAUCUUCCAACUACUGAAUUAGAAAUCUGCAUUUCACAUAUGAGAUUUUGAGUGUAAAACUCUUCCUACUGUAGAUUGUAAGAUUCCCAUUCUUUUAAAUGGGUUUGAAAUGUACUACGCAAUAUAUACGAUGUAUAAUCUUAAAAUCUAUUACCUGAUGAGAAUACAGUGAUAUAGUUGUUUCCUUUUUAAAAAUUUAUUUUAAAUCUGUUUUAUUUUGUGUGUCACAAAGAUCUAUAUAUAGAGACUGUAGAUUUCUACUUAAUGGAGCACCGUAUAUGAAGAGGAUUUGUACUGAUUUAUUUCAUGGAACCUAUAAAAUUUUCUGCUGUAAACUACAUUUAAAUGGGUAGCAUUGUAAUAGGCAGUUGAAACUGGAGGUGAAAAUUCAGUUUCUCAUCGUGUACCUGUGUGUUAGUGAAGUUGUGUUUCAGUCUAGGCAUUUACUGAGGUUCUGGUAACCUGUGGUCUGUUUCCCCUGCACAUUCCUCAUUUGUCUAGACAGACUAUGCAGAUAUUUCAGUUGUAUUACUGUGUUAGAUUUAGUUUGCAAAGUAACUAAAUGCAAACUCAUCAAUAAACACUACAUCCACAUGUCUA